AUGCGAUUUUUCGCGCUUUUUUUGGUUUUUGGUCUCGUGGCGGCGGAUGAUUCGAGUACUGUAGUCACCACAGUUGCUACGACUACUGUAGGGACCACUGGAACCACUGGAACCGGGGGAACCACAGCCACAACAACUGCAGGAACCACAGGAACUACAAGUAGGUUACUGUAGGGUUACUGUAGCUCGAAAAUCCACGUUUUUUGACACCAAACAAGCCUAGGGUUACUGUAGAUUUAGGGGGCAGAAAUUCGAAAAAUCCAAAAUUUGAUCUACAGUAAACUGGAGUACUGUAGUUCCACGUGUCAGAAAAAUUGCCACGUGGAUUACGGUAGCCACAGUAACCCAACCGAAAUUGCCACGUGGCAAGUGUGUGCCCAAAAUUUCAUGAAAAAUUCGAAUCUGCGACUACUGUAGACUACUGUAGCCGUCCAAAAUUAUCGAUUGAUUUUUUGCAGGUGCCACGUGUCAAGAUGCUCCUGGCGAAAAUUGUAGUUUAUACGUGUCAGUAUGCAGUGAUCCAAGAUAUUAUCCACUUUUGAAAGGGUAAAUUUUAAUUUUUCAAAUUUCGCGGCGAAAAAAACAGGCGGGAAAUUCAAAAUUUUGCAGAAAAUGCGACAAAACUUGUGGUUACUGUGGCUCAGUUACAACAACUACACCAUCUUCUACACCAUGUGUCGAUAAUUCAUCAAAGUAGGUCAAAAAAGCGCGUGUGCCACGUGGCAUUACUACUGUACCAAUUGUUUCAGCUGUGUGAAUUGGGUCAAAAAUGGUUUCUGCACCAAUACAUUCUACAAUUGCACCCAACGCAAGCAAUAUUGCGCCAAAUCUUGUAAUUUAUGUAAUACUAGUUGUUAA